CUGCUGAGAUGUCACCAUAUUUGGUGGCCUUUAGAAUUCUUUAAGCUUUAUUAGUUGCUCUGCUUCUCGCUCACGCAACCCACUUUGUAUAUCUGAAGUGGGAAGCUAUUGUGGACGUGUGAGUUUCGGUGAGGAAGAGAUCUAGAUCUGUGACACUCUUUGUACAGGGAGGAACUGAAGCUUCAACAAUGGCUUCCAAGCUGUUAAUGAUCACUGUCUUUGUAUUUGAUCUUAUUGCUUUUGGUUUAGCCGUUGGUGCUGAGCAGAGAAGAAGCACUGCCAAGAUCCAAAUGGAUGAGGAACAGACCUACAGCUACUGUGUGUAUGACUCUGACAUUUCAACUGGGUUUGGUGUGGGUGCCUUCCUGUUUCUAAUGGCUAGUCAAGUUCUUAUCAUGGUGGCCAGCCGCUGCUUCUGCUUCGGAAAGGCUUUGAGCCCCGGAGGUUCACGGGCUUGUGCAGUUCUCCUAUUCAUAAUCUGCUGGGUGACAUUCUUCAUUGCGGAGGUAUGUCUGCUGGCUGGUUCAGUGAGGAAUGCUUAUCACACCAAGUACAGAUCAUCGUACCUAAUCAACGACCAACCGGUAUCCUGCGAGACAGUUAGAAAGGGAGUGUUUGGAGCUGGCGCAGCUUUCGUGUUCUUCACUGCCAUACUCUCCCAGUUCUACUAUGUUUCCUACUCCAAAGCCAGAGGAAGCGUUGGACCUUACGUUGGAGAAGCCGCUGUGGGCAUGGCUGCCUACAAAUAAGCUUGCAUUUUCCUCCUUCACUUAGUUGUUGAAUGCCUGAUUAUAUUUUUACUGUGUCAUCAUUAUACAACAUUUUGAUUGAAACUUUAGUUGGAGAUCCAAACAUUGUUAAUAAUACUUUUUUUUUUGUUUCUUUAAUGCUAGCUGUGGCAUAAAUUUUCCUUGUACGAUAUGUGUAUACGAGCCUGUAUGUUGUUUGGUUCCUAUGGGACAUGGCAUCAUUUUGCUACUUUCGAGAGUGUUUGUCUGGCAUUAAUUAGCUGAUAAGAAAUGCAAGGUUCGUUCUACAGAA